AUGGGCUACGCGCGUGUGGCACAAGACCUGAGCCAGUUCAAGGCUUGCCUGAAGAAUGGCUACCCCUUCGUGUUCGGUUUUGCCGUCUUGACAAGCUUCCAGACAGCGGAGGUUGCCAGGACCGGCAACAUGGUGAUGCCCCAGCCGACUGACCAGCAGCUGGGUGGCCAUGCCGUGUGCGCUGUGGGCUACGACGACUUCAAGCAGUGCUUUAUCGUUCGCAAUUCUUGGGGCGAGGGGUGGGGUGACAAGGGCUAUUUCUACAUGCCUUACGAGUACAUGUGCCACCCUGCGCUUGCUUCCGACUUCUGGGCCAUCAACUGGGUGGAGGGCUUCAAGAACGCCAGCGCCAAGCCCGUUGCGAAGAAGUAA